GGCGCACGCCUCCCUCCGCCUACCUUCUCUUCCAUCUUCUCUUCUCUUCUCCCCCGCAGCGGUUUCGAUCGAUUCGGAGGUCCUGAUCAUCGCGCCUUCUCUCCCUCGAUCGCCGCAUUCCUUGCACGAUCUCUGCCUCUGCGCGCGUCACCAUUCUUCUCAUCUCACGACGUCUGCCGUUAGACCAAUGGCGAGGAACACGCGCUCGGCGGCGACGGAGCGCUUCUACAACCACUUCGCGCCGACUUCGACGCGCGGACUCCCGAUCUACCACCAGGCGCCGGCAGCCGGUCCCGACGAGUUCGACGAGUCGGACGUCUGGGGAUCGUUCAGCCCGGCGGAGGAGGAGCCGGCCGAGGCGCCCCGGGCACGCAGCACGGUCCCGGCCGCUCGGCCCGGGCGGAAGACGAAGCCGGCGAUGGCGGGCAGGGGCGCCGCGCACGGCUCGCUGCCCGUGGCCAUCCCGGACUGGUCCAAGAUCCUCGGGGGCGAGUACCAGGCGCACCAGGCGCCCGGGGAGUGGGAGCUGGACGACGCGGACGACGAGGACGUCGGCGUUGACGGCGCCAACCUCGUGCCGCCGCAUGAGCUGGCGUGGCGGCGCAGGGCCGCCUCCCUCUCGGUCAACGACGGGAUGGGGGUCGGCAGGAUGCUCAAGGUCCGCGACGCGGUGUGGAAGAAGACGGGCUUCCAGGCCUGACCCCCGGCCUCACGUACUCGGGCAUCGGGACGGCGUCGUCGCUACUGCUAGCUAGUUCCGUUUUUGACAGAUCGAUCAGGGUUAAGUUUGCUAGCUACGACCUACGAACAGCAAGUAAUAUUUGGUCUUUUUGACAGAGCCUUUUUAACUGUCCCUUUGGCCUGGGGAGAAAGAGAGAGAGGAGCGGAUACUGAUUCACUGAAUGAUGAUCAUUUGUUCUUAGCCUGUUCAUCGCUGCUGUGAGCUGUGUGCAGUAUUUUUCCAAGAGAACACGCAACUUUUUCUGAUU